CUCCCUGUUGAGUUGAGCCUACUCACUGAACUUCUCAGAAAGGUGCUGAUAUCAAGCUCAACAUGGCGUCUCCUGAUGAAGAACUGAUGGAUUCUGAAUCUACUGAUGUGUUUGAUAAACUGGUCGUGAGGAGUCCUGGAAAGUUCGAGAACUUUGAAAAAAUUGAUGCGACUGGAAAGUACUUACCCUUUUACGGCUACACUAUCAUCAACAUGGUGGUAGAGCAGCAGCUGCAUGAUCUUGAACUUUUCAUCAAAAGCACGCAAACUCUCAAGAAGUAUGUUUCUGCUUUACCUUCAUCGUCUUACCAUGUGACCUAUUAUGAUAUAUUUUCACAGCGGAAAAUUCCAGAGAAAUAUCUCUCAAGGUCUGGCCUUGUUCCUUCCAAUCAUUGGACUCAAAGCAUGGAAACCUUAUAUCAAGAUUUGGGAAAAGCCCAGACUUUUUGCUCUGAAUUGCCAGCCGCAAAUGCUUUUGUCAAGAAACAAUUCAGUUUAGGCCCAAGUCCAGGUCAAGCUUUGCUGUUAUUGAUUACACUUGAGGGAGAUGCUGAAGUUUCCCAGCUCAGACAGAAAUGUACUACUGUAUUUGGUGAGCGAGGUAAACCAGAGUUUCACAUGACCCUCGGAUAUACGUAUAAAGCUAUUCCAGUAGAUGCUUUAAAGCUGAUAAGUAAGGAAUUAAAAAUGCUUUGGAGUAUCAUACCAGAUGGGGUACAGCUUCAGAAACCAGAUGUUUACUACUUUGAAACGAUGGAAGAGUUUCUGCCUUUUAAAUUACGGUUGGGAAAAAUAUAAAGGACUCUGUAACUUUUAUAUAGUGUGAAGUGUAUUGACAAUUGUCAUUAAAUUGCUAUAUUAUUAUUAUGUUUAAUGUUCAGUCCUUAUAAGGUUUACCAACCAUCAAUAUUUAAGCAAGUUGCCAUAAGUUACCUUGUGAUUUGUCAUGCAGUCAGUCGAAUUCUUUCCUUCAGAAUAUUAAUAUAACAAUUAGCCAUAAAACUGUGAGUUGCUUUCCAAUUUUACAUGAGGGUACAUCAAGAUGAACAAAAAUUAAUUUUUAGCAAUGAAUACCAAGUACCCCAUCUCCUUUCCAAGUAAGAAAAAAUGAUAUAUAUUUGUUUAAGUUUAAGGCUACAGUUCAUCUCUGCUACUUGGAAUUCAAUUUGACUGUGUUUCCCAGCUGUUGUGCUUUAUAUUUAGGAUGGAAUUUUUUUUAAAAAUUUAAUUUAAUAAUACAUUGCAUUAAAUAGCACUCUUUCCCAUAUAUCUAAUUAUAAGCUUUGAGCACUUUACGUAGAUAAAAUGAUUACUUAUUUUUUCAACUAGAAGCCAGUGCAGAGCUUUAAACAUUUUUAAUGCAGGAUCUCUCUAUUUUUUCUAUACUAGUCUUGUGGUGUUAUUUUUGGCCACUUGCAAUUGCCUCUUUCUCUCACAUGAGAUACCAGACCGUACAGAAUUGCAGUAGUCAAGUUUUGACAAGGUGAGAGAGACAGAGAGCAUGUGUGCAAUAUCAGUUGAAAUAAGGUGCCUUAUGUUAUUGAUUCUUCUGAGGUCAAGGUACAUACAUUGAAUGACAUGAUUUACUUAUUUGUUCAUGGACACAUCUGAAUUUAAAUAGAUACCAAGAUUCUUUGCUUUGCUGGAAAAAAUUAUACUUGUAUCUUCCAUUUCUGAAUGGCUUCUAUUUACAUAAUUAAUAUUUUUUAACUCCCAAAUAAGAUGAUUUCCAUUUUUUCAUCAUUCAGCAUAUUUUAUUUAUUUUCACACAAAUCGAAGGGAUUUAAUGCAUUUCAUCAGUGUCAAAAGGAGAUUGAACAAUGUGCUUAGUCAGGCAUCACAAAGGCCUCAAGGUAAUUUUAUGUUACCAAUAAAGUAUAAAGCCUUUACUUAUCUUUUAGUAUCUUAUUUGUACAGUGGGUAAAUAUGUGGAGAAAAAAAACAUAUUUUUCUCUCUCCUGAAAAUAUUGCUUUCUGGACUUACAACAUUUGAAUUGUAA